CAAAAGUUAAAGGGAUGGAAUCGUUGCUGCUGCUGUAGAACUCUCAUUCCAGUUCCACAGGUAUAUGGUAAAAACUGGGUCACUUGAUUGCACUGCUUCUAUGAUCCCUCAAAUAGUAAAAGCUUUACACAGAUGAGCAGAGGCUGGUCAUCAUUUUGAACAAAACAUCGGUGACAAUUGAAAACAUUCACAUAUCUUUAGUUCAAUGAUGGACCAAAAUCAACAUUUGAAUAAGACAGCAGAAGCACAAUCAUCAAGGAAAAGCAAAAGUAGAUGCUGCGAUGGAUUCAAGAUGUUCUUGGCAGCCCUGUCAUUCAGCUUUAUUUGUAAGUCAUUUGCUGCAGCCAUUAUGAAAAGCAACAUCACUCAAAUAGAAAGGAGAUUUGAAAUAUCAUCUUCUAUUGCUGGCCUCAUAGAUGGAAGCUUUGAAAUUGGAAAUUUGCUUGUGAUUGUAUUUGUGAGUUACUUUGGAUCCAAACUACACAGACCAAAGAUAAUUGGAAUUGGUUGCUUCAUUAUGGGAAUUGGAAGUGUUUUGACUGCUUUGCCACAUUUCUUCAUGAAAUAUUACAGGUUUUCUAAAGAAACCAGUAUUAAUCCAUCAAAUAAUUCAACAUCAAGCUUACCCACCUGUCAAAUUAAUCAACAUUUGUUACUCAAUAAAACAUCAUCACCUGAGAUACUGGAUAAAGGUUGGGAAACGGAAUCUGAGUCAUACACAUGGGUAUAUGUCCUAAUGGGGAAUAUGCUUCGUGGAAUUGGGGAAACUCCCAUACAACCCUUGGGGAUUUCUUACAUUGAUGAUUUUGCUGAAGAAGGAGAUUCUUCUCUUUAUUUAGGUAGUUUGUAUGCAAUAGCAAUGCUUGGUCCAAUCCUUGGCUUUAUGCUGGGAUCUCUGUUUGCUACAAUGUACGUGGAUAUUGGAUAUGUAGAUCUGAGCAGUAUCAGAAUAACUCCUAAGGACUCUCGUUGGGUUGGUGCUUGGUGGCUUGGUUUUCUUUUGGCUGGACUAUUAUCCAUUAUUUCUUCCAUACCGUUUUUUUUCCUGCCCAAAAAUCUGGAUAAACCAGAGAAAGAAAGGAAAGUUUCAGCAUCUUUUCAUGUGCCCCAAACAAAUGAGGAAAGGAGUCAAAUGGCUAGUUCGACCAACCAUGGGCAAAAUGUUACUGAAAAUACAACUGGUUUUUUCCAAUCCUUGAAAAGUAUCCUUACCAAUCCCCUAUAUGUUAUAUUUUUGGUUUUGACAUUGAUAAAAUCCAGUGCUUUUAUUGGUGCUCUUACUUACGUCUUUAAAUACGUAGAACAACAAUAUGAUCAACCAGCAGCUACGGCUAACAUUGUGCUUGGAAGCAUAACCAUACCGACUAUUGCAACUGGGAUGUUUAUCGGAGGAUAUAUCGUUAAAAAAUUCAAACUUACUUUACUUGGAAUUGCCAAAUUUUUAUUUUUUAUCAAUAUAUUGGCCUUCAUAUUUUACCUGUUAAAUUUUGCACUAAUCUGUGAAAACAGAUCGGUUGCUGGCCUAACCGUGACCUAUGAUGGAAAUAAUCCAGUAACAUCUCAUACAAAUGUACCACUUUCUUAUUGCAACUCACAUUGCAAUUGUGAUGAAAGUCAAUGGGAACCAGUCUGUGGAAACAAUGGAAUAACUUACAUGUCACCUUGUCUAGCAGGAUGUAAAUCUUCAAGUGGCAAUAAAAAGCCUAUAGUGUUUUAUAACUGUAGUUGUGUGGAAGUACCUGGUUUCCAGAACAUAAGCAACUCAGUGAAUUUGGGUACGUGCCCAAGAGAUGAUCAGUGUACAAAAAAAUUUUAUAUUUAUAUACUAGUGCAAAUUCUGAAUAGUUUUACUGUUUCAUUGGGAACUACCUCAACGAUCAUGUUGGUUUUUAAAAAUGUUCAACCUGAACUGAAAUCACUUGCGUUGGGAUUUCAUUCACUCACUAUACGAGCACUAGGGGGAAUUCUAGCUCCCAUAUAUUUUGGGGCUCUGAUUGAUAAAGCAUGUAUGAAGUGGUCCAUCAACAGCUCUGGGAAGCAAGGGUCUUGUAGGAUAUAUAAUUCAAAAUUAUAUGGAAAUACCUACUUGGGCUUGAUUGAGUGCUUCAAAUUCUUAACAUUUAUUUUGUAUAUUGUAUUUAUUUAUGCUAUGAAGAAAAAAUAUCAAGGAAAAGAUACCAAGGCAUCAGAAAAUGAAAGGAAAGCUGUGAAUGAAGCAAACUUACAAUUCUUAAAUAAUGAUGGAUAUUUUGUACCUUCUGCCAGAGCAGCCAGUGAAACACAUAUGUAAGGAGAGAAAAAUCAUCUUUAUUUCUGUGUUUCCAACCAAUAAUUGUGUAUAUUCAGUAGGAUGUUAUUUUUGAGCAUUUUAUGGUCCUUUUGUUGACAAAUCCCACACUCUUUACAUAUGAUGGAACAAUGAAUUACCUAUAAAUUUAUAAUAGUGAAACAAACUAUAAAUUAUAAGUAAUGGGAGUACUUAUUGUUAGCACGAGACUAUGCAUUUGUGGUAAAGGUUAGAAUAUAUGAACCACAGAUAUUUAAAGUAAGAAGUAUGAUUAGUACAUUAUAAAAGAAAAAGUAUCUGCUCAGGUAAUGUAACUCAAUAAAACCAGUCAUUAGAAUGUCAACUACCAUAUAUAUAUAUAUAUAUAUAUAUAUAUAUAUAU